AUGGGUCUGGCACAGGCGAAGACUCGCCGCAAGAUCGGCAAGGAUCCCAACAACACGAAAUGGACCAAGGACACCGACUCUUUUGGCCAGAAGAUCCUGCGAUCCCAGGGCUGGGAGCCUGGACAGUACCUCGGUGCGAAAGACGCUGCGCAUGCAGUGCACCAUACCGCCGCCAAUGCCUCCUUCAUCCGUGUCGCCCUCAAGGACGACAUGCUUGGUCUCGGCUUCAAACAGGCAAGGGAUGACAGGGUGACGGGCAUGGAUGUCUUUUCCGACCUCCUGGGACGAUUGAACGGCAAGUCGAGCGAGUCGAUCGAUAAAGAGCGCCAGGCUCGUGCGACGCUGCAAGGCACUCUCUACUGCGAUACCAAGUUCGGCCCCAUGCGCUUUGUUAGAGGAGGAUGGCUUGUCGGCGACCAAGUGAAGGACGACCCCACCGCUGAGCCCAAGGAGGAGGAUAAGGACGACGUCAAGAUGGAAGAUGUGCCCGCCGUUGGCGAAGCAUCGGGCAAGAAGUCGAAGAAGCGCAAGGCCGAAGAGUCGAGCGAAGACGAGUCUUCAUCCGAGGACGAAAAGGCCAAGAAAAAACGGAGAAAGGAAGAGAAGAAGGCAGCCAAGAAACUAAAGGCUGAGGCCGGCAGCGAGGAGACGUCGGCAAGCGAGAAGAAGGACAAAAAGCGGAAACUAAAGUCUGCAAAGGAGGAUGCUUCCGAAGAUACCCAGGAUGAGACGGAAAAGAAGUCCAAGAAGGACAAGAAGAAGGAAAAGAAGGAGGCAGAGAGCGAAGAGGAGGAAUCAUCCGACGACAAGGCAUCCAAGAAGAAGCGCAAAGGCGAGACCGACGCCGAAAAGGCUGCGAGGAAAGAGGAGAAAAAGCGCCGCAAGGAAGAGAAGCGUGCCAAGAAGGAGGCGUCGCGGGAAUCUACAUCGACUCCCAGCACAUCAACACCGACUGCCAGCGGUACCUCGACACCAGUGCUCAGAGGUCAUCACGCGGUGAGGUCGAGGUGGAUUGCACAGAAGAGGAUGGCGACGAUGGACGACAAGGCUUUGAACGCGAUUUUCAUGGUGAAGUCGCAAUCCUGA